AUGAUGACAAGUCGUGAAGAAGAAAGAGAAAAGAAAUAUCGUGUCGAAGAUAUAAGAUCUAUUAAAAUAUAUCCUAAAAAUGAUGAUGAGUAUAAUAGUGAUGAUGGAAAUGAUAUAGCUGAUAUAGUAUAUUUGCCUGAAAUUUCAAGUGUUAAAAGAAAAGAAGAUAAAUUUUAUCAACAUCUUGUACCGAUCGGUAACGGAAUUUACGAUGGUACAAUUAAUGAAAAAUUAUUACGUGAAGGACAAGGUAUAUAUAGUAUUAAUAAUGGAGAAGAAUAUUAUUCUGGUUCAUGGAAAGAUGAUAAGCCUGAUGGAUAUGAUUUUAAUUUUAAAAACCAUGGUUCAAUUAUUUAUCAUGAUAUUCUUAAACUUGUAGCUGAGUGGAAAGAAGGAAAAACAGAAUUUAUUUAUAUAAAUGAUAUUGAACAAUAUUAUAAAAAUCAAUAUGAAGUCUUUUAUAAUAGUUUAGAAUCUAUAAUUUUAUUAAAUAAUGAAAAUCAACAAAAACGAAGACAAUAUUUACAAAUUUUAAUAGCAAGUUUCACAGAUAUUAUUAAAUUGAGAGCAGCAUUAAUAAUGGCAACAGGAAAAUCCUUUAAAUAUUUUAAUGAUCAAAUAACAUAUAAUCGUUUAUCAAAAUUUACAGAAGAUUGUGUUAUGCCAUUCAAAGAUGUAACAAUCGAUAAUGAAUCUUAUGAAAUAUUUUGUGAUAAAUUAGAAAAAAUUGAUUUAUUUUUUUUAUUAAGAGAAAUAAAACUUGUUGACGCUUUAAAAUUAUUUCAAAAAAAAAUGGUACUUUAUUAG